AUGUCUUCAUUUUACCGUCCAAUUGUUUAUUGUCUAAGUAUUAUUGGCAUAUUGUUAUCUCUAUAUGCAUUUUAUGUAGAACAAAACAAAAAACGUGAUCCAAAUUAUAAAGCAGCAUGUGAUUUUGGUUCAAGAGCUAGUUGUUCACGUGUUUUAACAUCAAAAUAUGGUACAGGAUUUGGUAUUAUUGAAGGAAUAUUAGGAAAAGAUAGUGUAUUAAAUCAAGCUGAUUCAGUAUUUGCUAUUUUAUUUUAUUUAUUAUCAAUUAUAUUGAAUAUGUCAAAAAAUUCAAAAAUAAUUGCUAAAAUACGCGUUAUAUUAUCCCUGAUAACAAAUUUAGGUUCAAUAUAUCUUGGUUACAUUUUAUAUUUUAUAUUAAAUGAUAUUUGUGUUGUAUGCGGUUCAAUGUAUAUUGUCAAUUUUCUUUUAUUAAUAUGUAAUAUUGGUUUAUUCAUUCAACUAAAUAAAACUCAAGUUCAUCUAACGCGACAAGAUGCAAUUAGACGAAAAAAACAAUAA